GAUACUAAGCACUGUGUGGCAGGAAUGGACUCAAAGCAAAAUUUUUCAUCUCAAGAUGACCAUGAACCUCAGUACCAGCAAGAUGAAGACCCUUUCACAUCAAAACUCCCAAAAGAAGCUGACAUAGUAGCUGGAAUUUAUUUAUUGCUAAUUGGGGUCAUGUCCACUUUAGGCAAUGGAUAUGUUAUUUAUAUGUCUACACAACGGAAGAAGAAGCUGAGGCCUGCUGAGAUCAUGACUGUCAAUUUAGCAGUGUGUGACCUAGGGAUUUCAGUGGUAGGAAAACCCUUCAGCAUAAUUGCCUUCUUUUCUCACCGCUGGAUUUUUGGUUGGAGCGGCUGCCGUUGGUAUGGAUGGGCUGGGUUUUUCUUUGGCAUUGGGAGCCUCAUUACCAUGACAGCAGUCAGCCUGGACAGAUAUUUCAAAAUCUGCUAUUUAUCUUAUGGUACCUGGCUGAAGAGGCACCAUGCUUUCAUCUGCUUAGGAAUAAUCUGGUCCUAUGCAACAUUCUGGGCAACGAUCCCCUUUGCUGGCCUGGGGAACUAUUCUCCUGAGCCAUUCGGGACCUCGUGCACGCUGGACUGGUGGCUGGCUCAGGGUUCAGUGGCUGGGCAGGCCUUUAUCCUGAGUAUCCUUUUCUUCUGUCUCUUACUCCCAACUGCUGUGAUCAUGUUUUCGUAUGUUAAAAUAAUAGCAAAAGUCAAGUCAUCUGCCAAAGAAGUAGCUCAUUAUGACACGAGGAUUCAAAACAGCCAUGUACUGGAAAUGAAGUUAACUAAGGUGGCGAUGUUGAUCUGCACAGGAUUUUUAUUCGCUUGGAUCCCAUACGCAGUCGUCUCGGUGUGGUCCGCGUUUGGGAGACCUGGUUCCGUUCCCAUCAAAGUAUCAGUGAUACCAACCUUGCUUGCAAAAUCUGCAGCCAUGUACAAUCCCGUGAUUUAUCAGGUCAUUGACUGCAAAUCUGCCUGUUGCCGGCCAGGUGAUCUUAAGCCGCUGCAGAAGAAAGACAGCCUGAAGAAACCCAGGCUAUAUACAGUAUCUACAGAUAACAAGUCAGAAGUGAUUGAUGAAACUCAAGUGGACAGUGCAUGA